AUGGGAGACAGGCGGAUUGCGACGAAUCGCAUCGCCGUGGAUCCGGACGUCCAUUCACCCCUGUCAUCUCUGCAGCUAAUCAGUCAGGGAAACUACCUCGAUCGGUUCCUCCUCGAUCCAUCGGGGUCGGAUCGAAAAUGGUCGACGGUAGGUGUUCGGCGCAAUGGCCAACGGUCGCCAGACCUUACAAAACGGCUGAUCGCGCCUAAUAGAUAUCAAAACCUGCGCCGCCAAGGUUAUCUCAUGCCUUCGGACGAGCAAAUGUUUGAGUCCUACGAAGCCGGUCAUUUGGUGGCCCUCGUCUUGGACUCAGACCGGACGAAUCCUCUUUUCUGGGCUCCUGUUCACGAUCCGCAGCAUAUUCUCGAUCUUGGGACUGGCAAGGGUAUCUGGGCCAUUGAUGUUGCCGAUAUGUUCCCUAAUGCGACCAUUCGAGGAGUUGACCUCUUCCCGCCCCCGAUUUCCUGGAUGCCGCCCAAUUGCGUGCUGGAGGUCGACGACGUCCUCCAGGAAUGGACCUGGCGGGACCCCUUCGACCUGAUCCACAUGCGGAGCAUGAUCGGCUCUUUCGGCCCGGCUGAGUGGGACAGAGUCUAUAACGAAUGCUAUAACAAGCUGCAGCCGGGCGGUUGGAUCGAACAGUUAGAAGCCAGUCCUCGCGUCGAGUGCGACGAUGGCAGUUUGCCUGAAGACAACAUUCUUCACACCUGGGCCCCGAACAUCUUCGCCUGUGGCGAAGCUGCCGGUCGUAGAUGUGACACUAUCGAUACGAUGUCCAAAACCAUUCGCAAGGCCGGCUUUGUGGAUGUCAGGGAAAAGACCUACAAAUGGCCGAUUGGGCCUUGGGCACGCGAUCAGCGCUACAAGGAGGCUGGUACUGUCAACUUCCAGCACUGGAUGUCUGGAAUGGAGGGCUGGAGCAUGUGGUUAUUGACCAAAUUUGGCGCUCCGGAGCCGUGGACCCAAGAUGAAGUUCUUGUCUACGUGGCCAGGCUGCGCAAUGAGCUCAAGGACCCGCGCUUCCAUCUCUACCAGCGCGCCCGACGCGUAUGGGCGCGCAAACCGUUCCCAGGUGAGAUCGAGCGAUCUGUAGAAAUGAGGGAGAGAUCUGCGGGCCAAUCAGAUAUAUCUGCCGAAAGGUAG